AUGUUGCUUCCUAGAAUUCGCAAUCAAACAACAGUUUGUUCAAAAUUAUUCAUUUCUCUCAAUCAAUUCAUUAAUCAAAAUAAUCCUCUCUUAAAAAAUUCCUAUUCUUCAAUCUACCAAAGGACAUUACUCCUUUCACGUAUUUCCACGUCAUAUUCAAUUUCAAAAUGCUCUCACUCGUUUUCCACCUUCCAGCCUGCAUGUUACAGUAGCAGCGUUCCCCCUUCGACAAAAGAACAAUGCGAAAAGGCUACUUUCGAGCAUUCCUGGCUUAACAAGUAUCUUCCGUCAAAACUUGUACCGUAUGUUCUUCUUACACGUUUAGACAAACCUAUAGGGGCUUGGCUCUUAUAUUUACCUUGCGCAUGGAGUAUUACGAUGGCAUCGUAUCAUGCUCAUUUACCCAUCACCAAAACCAUCUACAUGAUGAUGUUGUUUGGUACCGGUGCAUUCAUUAUGAGAGGUGCUGGUUGCACAAUUAAUGAUUUAUGGGAUAGAAACAUUGAUAAGAUGGUAGAACGCACGCGAGACAGACCUCUUGCCUCGGGAUCAGUGACCCCUUUUCAGGCAUUGACUUUUCUGGGGUUACAGUUAUCAGCAGGAUUGGCAAUAUUGACCCAGUUGAAUUAUUAUAGCAUUUUACUUGGUGCAACAUCCCUAAGUAUUGUUGUCGUGUAUCCCUUCAUGAAGCGCGUAACGUACUGGCCACAAUUGUAUCUUGGUCUUGCUUUCAAUUGGGGCGCUUUGUUAGGUUGGUCGGCAAUGAUUGGCAGUAAUGAUUGGUCUAUCACCCUCCCGCUGUACGGUGCCGGUGUAUGUUGGACUCUGGUGUAUGACACUAUUUAUGCUCAUCAGGAUAAGAGCUUCGACAGCGUGAUUGGUGUGAGAUCAACUGCUCUUCUUUUUGGAAAUAGGACCAGGCAAUUGCUGACUUUCUUUUCUGCAUCAAUGUUAUCACUUCUCGCCUUGUCCGGGCAAAUGAACGGUCAGGGCUGGCCGUUUUACUUGGUUUCUAUUUUUGGAACUGGCAUGCACCUUUUUUGGCAAUUACGCACGGUUAACUUUGAUGAUGCAGCAGAUUGUGCCAGAAAGUUUCGUAGUAACAAAUGGACUGGUAGUUUAGUGCUUGGUGGAAUUUUGGCCGACGUGGCCUUGGAAAAUUUGAAAUCUAUUUUGUAA